AUGGCCCUGGGGCUCAGUGCUUGUCCCCCUGCUGUGCUUCUGCUCCUGUCCCUGCUGGGUCUGGCUGCUGCUGGGAAGCUCCUGGUGGUGUCGGUGGACGGGAGCCCCUGGUUCAGCAUACGGGAGGGGCUGCACAUGCUCCAGCAGAAGGGACACGAGGUGGUCGUGGUGGCACCUGAAGUCUCCUUGCACGUCAAGCCAUCAGAGAACUUUGUGAUGAAAAUGUACCCGGUCACCUACACACAGGAAGAUAUGGACAAUGCAUUCAAGGCAUUUUUUAAUAUUACAUUUGAAGAUGGAUCUUUUUUUGAAAGAUUGUUUAAAGUAGUAGAAGGUAUGAAAAGAUUCACUGAUUUUUGGUUCUCCGGCUGUAGACAUCUCCUGCAAAACAAAGAGCUCAUGAGAUAUCUUGAGGAGAGCAAGUUUGAUGCCAUCCUUACAGAUCCUGUAGUACCUUGUGGGGUGAUCCUGGCUGAGCAUCUUUCCCUUCCUUCUGUCUAUUUCUUUCGAGGAAUCCCAUGUGGGUUAGAUUUUGAAGCCACUCAGUGUCCCAAUCCUCCUUCCUAUGUGCCCAGGACAUUUACACACUUCACAGACCAAAUGACAUUUUUCCAGCGAGUGAAGAAUCUGCUCUUUGACACCCAAAACCUUUUCCUCUGUAAUUUUGCCUAUGACCCAUUCUCAAAACUGGCUUCGGAGUUCCUGCAGCGGGAGGUGGCUGUGCAGGAUCUCUUACGCAAGGGCUCUGUUUGGCUCCUGAGGUCGGAAUUUGUGCUGGACUACCCAAGACCCUUGAUGCCCAACAUCAUUCCAAUUGGAGGAGCAAACUGUGCUCACAAGGAGCUGACUCAGAUGGCAAUUGACUUCCCAUGA